GAAUAAAUAAGCAUGUCGACGAUGGAGGGUUCGCUCAGCAAGUGGACGAAUGUUGUUAAUGGAUGGCAAUAUCGAUGGUUUGUUUUGGACGACAAUGCAGGCCUCCUGUCAUAUUACACGAGCAAGGAGAAGAUGAUGCGUGGAGCACGUCGUGGUUGCGUACGAUUGAGAGGCGCUAUUAUUGGCAUCGACGACGAAGAUGAUAGUACAUUUACUAUAACAACGAACUCCUGCAAGGAUGAUCCAAAAACAUUUCAUUUUCAAACGCGCAAUGGCGAGGAACGAGAACGCUGGGUUCGUGCUUUGGAAGACACAAUACUCCGCCACUCUCAUACAAGAUGGGACCCUAAGAAGUCACCACCUAAGCAUGAUUUUGAUCGCAAGGUAGCUGAAGCUGAUGUUUAUCUUCAACUUUUGAUUGAACAGAUCAAACUGAUUGAAGGUAAAAGGAAUGCGGCUGAAGAUGAAGAAAAGCAGAAGAAGUAUUCUGAUAUUCUAUCGCAAGCUAACGCCAUGCUUAAUUCCGUUAAACAUACCAUUGUCCAAUUGCAAAUUGCAAAGAAUACGGCGAUACCUGUUAAUGGAGUAUAUAGAGGACCAACAAAUUCUAUACAUGUCUCACCUUCACUUCCUCAUGUUGCAGCUGGAGCACCAGAAGCGACAGUGCAAACUGGCAUUGAAUUAGGCUCCGAAUGCGUGGAACCGAGAGUACCUACAUUAUCAAAUGUUGUUGAUAGGGAUCUACCAGUACCACAAUUCUCAUAUUCGUCUUCUGAUGAGGAUGACGAUUACUUUGAUGCCGCGGAUGAAAUACCAACUCCGGCAGUCCAGAAUCAUAUUACGUUAUAUUCGGAUAAUGAGCGAUUACAUUCGUCUAUCGAAAGUGUCACGGGAGAUAAACGUAAAGAGCCACCUCUGCCGCCUAUCAAAGGCGAUGGAUCAGUAGAUUACGAUGCUCUCUACGAAGAAGAAAGCGAAACAGAAAUGGAUUCCAUGGAGAGUCACGGCUCAGUCGUGGCUCAUCUUCUGUCCCAGGUGAAGAUUGGUAUGGACUUGACAAGAGUUGCUUUGCCAACGUUUAUCUUAGAGCGUAGAUCACUCCUUGAGAUGUAUGCAGAUUACUUUGCUCAUCCCGAUCAAUUUGUGAGCAUUGCAGAUAUGUCUACACCUCGGGAGAGGAUGGUGCAAGUAAUUCGUUGGUACUUGUGCAGUUUUCAUGCAGGACGUAAAUCUGGCGUGGCUAAGAAGCCAUACAAUCCUGUAUUAGGUGAAAUUUUUCGAUGUCAUUGGAACAUACCUAAUGUUAAUUCUUUUGAUAACGCUGCAGAAUCCGGUAGCAAAUUAGUAUCAGAUGGUCCUGUACCAUGGUGCAGAGAGAAUCAACUUGCUUUUGUGGCUGAACAAGUUUCUCACCAUCCACCAGUUAGUGCAUUUUACGCCGAGCAUGUUGGAAAAAAAAUUAGUUUCGGAGCUCAUGUUUGGACGAAGAGCAAAUUCCUGGGUUUAAGUAUAGGGGUGCAUAACGUGGGAAAGGGUUGGGUAAAUGUGCUACAACAUGGGGAGGAAUACGUUUUAACUUUCCCUAACGGUUAUGGUAGAUCUAUUCUCACUAUACCAUGGAUAGAAUUAGGAGGAACUGUAACAAUAAAUUGCGUACAAACUGGUUAUCAUGCAACGGUAGAAUUUUUAACGAAACCUUUUUACGGCGGUAAACGAAAUCGAAUUACGUGUCAAGCCUUUCAAGCAGGAGAUAAAAAGCCGUUUCUUGUUAUAAAUGGAGAAUGGAGUGGAGCAAUGGAAGUGAAGACAUUGGAUGGUAAAAGUGAAAUGUUCGCUGACGUGAGAGAACUUAUUACGGAAAGAAAAUUAGUUAAAACAGUAUGUGAGCAAGAUGAAUAUGAAUCGCGAAGAGUAUGGCGUGACGUGACAGUUGGCCUACGUAUCAACGAUAUGGAUAAAGCUACAGCGGCAAAAUGCACAAUCGAACAGAAACAACGAGAAGAAGCGCGGCUUCGAAAGGAGAAUAAUGUAGCGUGGCAAACAAAACUUUUUAAGGAAACCAAAGAUGGUGGCUGGGUGUACAUAAGACCUCUUAUAGACAGAAUACACAGUUCUAAUGAUCAAUCGAAUGUUACCUAACUAUGUAUACAUGCAUAUUACGUGACAAUUUUAGAUGCAGCACAAUACUAGAACAAAAAUCGUGGCCUACUGCCUGUAAAAAUUAUAUAUAACAUCAGGUUUAAUUCAGAAAACGUACACUUUCACAUUCAAGCGAUUUUGGCAAAUAUUUUUAUGCGUAUUAGCCACUCUUAGUUUAAUGUAGAAAAGAUAACGCAAUAUUAUCUACUAUUUUACUUUUUGCAUCAUA